CCGCGCGGGAGGGAAGGGGCGCGCGGCAGGCCGGCGGGGAGCUGCCCUGGGCGCACGGAGCCCGCGCGCCCUCCGGGAUCCUCCCCCGUCCCCGGGACCGGACCUGAGGGCACCGGGAGUCCGGGCAGCUGUCGGCGCGCCGGGCCGGGGUGGUGGGCGGCCCCGGGACCCGGGCAGCUGGAGAAGGAGCCGGAGCCCGGCCGGGAUGAGAAGGUGACGCCGCCGGGGCGCCACUCGCUUUGUGGGGGAAGAUGCUCGCCUACUGCGUGCAGGAUGCCACCGUGGUGGACGUGGAGAAGCGGAGGAACCCCUCCAAGCACUAUGUAUACAUCAUCAAUGUGACCUGGUCCGACUCCACCUCCCAGACCAUCUACCGGAGGUACAGCAAGUUCUUUGACCUGCAGAUGCAGCUUUUGGAUAAGUUUCCAAUUGAAGGUGGCCAGAAGGACCCCAAGCAAAGGAUCAUCCCCUUCCUCCCAGGCAAGAUCCUCUUCCGCAGAAGCCACAUCCGGGACGUAGCUGUGAAGAGGCUGAAGCCUAUCGAUGAGUACUGCCGGGCACUUGUCCGGCUGCCACCCCACAUCUCACAGUGCGAUGAAGUCUUCCGGUUCUUUGAGGCUCGACCUGAGGAUGUCAACCCUCCAAAAGAGGACUAUGGCAGUUCCAAGAGGAAAUCAGUGUGGCUGUCCAGCUGGGCUGAGUCACCCAAGAAGGACGUGACAGGUGCCGACGCCACCGCCGAGCCCAUGAUCCUGGAACAGUACGUGGUGGUGUCCAACUAUAAGAAGCAGGAGAACUCGGAGCUGAGCCUCCAGGCCGGGGAGGUGGUGGAUGUCAUCGAGAAGAACGAGAGCGGCUGGUGGUUCGUGAGCACCUCUGAGGAGCAGGGCUGGGUCCCUGCCACCUACCUGGAGGCCCAGAAUGGUACUCGGGAUGACUCUGACAUCAACCCCUCCAAGACUGGAGAAGUGUCCAAGAGACGCAAGGCCCAUCUGCGGCGCCUGGAUCGCCGGUGGACCCUGGGCGGGAUGGUCAACAGGCAGCACAGCCGAGAGGAGAAGUAUGUCACCGUGCAGCCUUACGCCAGCCAAAGCAAGGACGAGAUUGGCUUUGAGAAGGGCGUCACGGUGGAGGUGAUCCGGAAGAAUCUGGAAGGCUGGUGGUAUAUCAGAUACCUGGGCAAAGAGGGCUGGGCGCCAGCAUCCUACCUGAAGAAGGCCAAGGACGACCUGCCAACCCGGAAGAAGAACCUGGCCGGCCCAGUGGAGAUCAUCGGGAACAUCAUGGAGAUCAGCAACCUGCUGAACAAGAAGGCGUCUGGGGACAAGGAAACCCCACCAGCCGAAGGCGAAGGCCACGAGGCCCCCAUCACCAAGAAGGAGAUCAGCCUGCCCAUCCUCUGUAAUGCCUCCAAUGGCAGCGCCGUGGGCAUCCCUGACAGGACUGUCUCCAGGUUGGCCCAGGGCUCUCCAGCUGUGGCCAGGAUUGCCCCUCAGCGGGCCCAGAUCAGCUCCCCAAACCUACGGACAAGACCUCCACCACGCAGGGAAUCCAGCCUGGGGUUCCAACUGCCAAAGCCACCAGAGCCCCCUUCUGUUGAGGUGGAGUACUACACCAUUGCCGAAUUCCAGUCGUGCAUUUCCGAUGGCAUCAGCUUUCGGGGUGGACAAAAGGCAGAGGUCAUUGAUAAGAACUCAGGUGGCUGGUGGUACGUGCAGAUCGGUGAGAAGGAGGGCUGGGCCCCCGCAUCAUACAUCGAUAAGCGCAAGAAGCCCAACCUGAGCCGCCGUACAAGCACGCUGACCCGGCCCAAGGUCCCCCCGCCAGCACCCCCCAGCAAGCCCAGGGAGGCCGAGGAGGGCCCGCCGGGGGCCGGUGAGAGCCAGGACUCCCCGCGGAAGCUCAAGUAUGAGGAGCCUGAGUAUGACAUCCCUGCAUUUGGCUUUGACUCGGAGCCCGAGCUGAGUGAGGAGCCCGUGGAGGACAGAGCCUCAGGGGACAGGCGGCCUGCCCAGCCCUGCCGGCCGUCGCCGGCCUCUUCUCUGCAGCGGGCCCGCUUCAAAGUGGGUGAGUCUUCAGAGGACGUGGCCCUGGAAGAGGAGACCAUCUAUGAGAAUGAGGGCUUCCAGCCGUAUGCAGAGGAUACCCUGUCAGCCAGAGGCUCCUCUGGGGACAGUGACUCCCCAGGCAGCUCCUCACUGUCCCUGGUCAGGAAAAACUCCCCCAAAUCAGGCUCCCCCAAGUCAUCGUCACUCCUAAAGCUCAAGGCAGAGAAGAAUGCCCAGGCAGAACUGGGGAAGAACCACUCCUCAGCCUCCUUUUCCUCCUCCAUCACCAUCAAUACCACCUGCUGUUCCUCCUCUUCCUCCUCCUCUUCUUCCUUGUCCAAAACCAGUGGCGACCUGAAGCCCCGCUCUGCUUCAGACGCGGGCAUCCGUGGCACUCCUAAGGUCAAGGCAAAGAAGGAUGCUGAUGCGAAAGCUGGGCUGACCCCCUGUGCCCGGGCCAAGCCAUCAGUCCGGCCCAAGCCGUUCCUGAACCGAGCAGAGUCGCAGAGCCAAGAGAAGAUGGACAUCAGCACUUUACGGCGCCAGCUGAGACCCACAGGCCAGCUCCGCGGCGGUCUCAAGGGCUCCAAGAGUGAGGAUUCGGAGCUGCCCCCGCAGACAGCCUCCGAGGCUCCCAGUGAGGGGAGGAGAGGCUCAUCCGACCUUAUCACCCUCCCAGCCGCCACUCCCCCGUGCCCCACCAAGAAGGAAUGGGAAGGGCCAGCCACCUCAUACGUGACAUGCAGUGCUUACCAGAAGGUCCAGGACUCGGAGAUCAGCUUCCCCGCAGGCGUGGAGGUGCAGGUGCUGGAGAAGCAGGAGAGCGGGUGGUGGUACGUGAAGUUUGGGGAGCUGGAGGGCUGGGCCCCUUCCCACUAUUUGGUGCUGGAUGAAAACGAGCAACCCGACCCUUCUGGCAAAGAGCCAGAUGCAGGGCCCACCAAGGACAGGCAGAAUGAAGGCAAGUCAGACAGCCUGGAGAAGAUUGAGAGGCGGGUCCAGGCGCUGAACACCGUCAACCAGAGCAAGAGGGCCACGCCCCCCAUCCCUUCGAAACCCCCCGGGGGCUUCGGCAAGACCUCAGGCACCCCAGCAGUGAAGAUGAGGAAUGGCGUGCGGCAGGUGGCGGUCAGGCCCCAGUCAGUGUUUGUGUCUCCGCCGCCCAAGGACAACAACCUGUCCUGCGCCCUGCGGAGGAAUGAGUCACUCACAGCCACCGAUGGCCUCCGAGGUGUCCGACGGAACUCCUCCUUUAGCACUGCUCGCUCCGCUGCCACCCCAGAGGCCAAGGGCCGCCUGGCCGAACGGGCCGCCAGCCAGGGUUCAGACUCACCCCUGCUGCCCGCCCAGCGCAACGGCAUCCCCGUGUCCCCCGUGCGCCCCAAGCCCAUUGAGAAGUCUCAGUUCAUCCACAAUAACCUCAAAGACGUGUACGUCUCUAUCGCAGACUACGAGGGGGAUGAGGAGACAGCAGGCUUCCAGGAGGGAGUGUCCAUGGAGGUUCUGGAGAGGAACCCUAAUGGCUGGUGGUACUGCCAGAUCCUGGAUGGUGUGAAGCCCUUCAAAGGCUGGGUGCCCUCCAACUACCUUGAGAAAAAGAACUAGCAGAGGGCCUGGGCUCCUCCAGCCUUAUUGUGCCUCUCUGGCUGCCCACUGGAUGAGCGGUGAGACGAACAAAAGGAAAAGGGGAAAAAAGGGAGGGGUGGGGGGUGGACAACAUUCAACCCUGCAGAAUGGGUGACCUCGAAGAUGCCCCGCAUCCAGGCUGUCCUACAGCUGGAAGGUAGGGGACGGGGGAGGCCACACUGAGUGAGGAAGGGAAUGGACCACGGAGUCCCAGGCCUGGGACCCAGGGCCAAGAAAGCUGAGACCCCCUGUGCACUGUGGGGACUUCACCAGUGGAUUACAUGCCAUUUGGGACAGGCCAUGUGGGAGACCCCAGUUGUGCCUUUGCUACAGAUCUGGAAAAGACGUGGUCGUGGGGGGCCUCCAGUGUCCUGUCCCUGCUUGGCCUAGUUUUGGUUGCUGGCAUCUUGCCACCCCAUGGAGCCCUGGCAUUGUCCUUAUCUGUGUUUGUGAAUUGUGCUGGUUUCCUGGGCAUUGCCACAGGUGGGUACAUUAGAAGCCGCCUCUGGCUUUAGGGCUUGGAGGUGUCUCAUGAGCUCAAGCCUGUCCUGGGCAGGCCACUGUCACUGUCAGUUGAAGAAAAAGGAGUUCCCAGGUGCCAGCAAGGACCAUGUUUCGUAGCUGUCACUGUCCUGGCCUUGAGAAGAGAGCCCACUCUCCUCGGGGCAUCCCCUGGAGGACACAGUACCAGAGUUUACAGAGAGGGUGGGCAAAGCCACCGGUCUCUUCAUAAUCUGCACAGACUAUUUUGAGUAUUUCCGGGCGGGCAGUUCCUUUGCAUGUUUCGGGAGAAGUCUAUUGAUUAGGGGCUUAUAUGUCAGGCCUUUGCGUCUUAUUUUAGGGGUUGUUUGGGGGCCUGGGUGGCCGGCCUCACGUGGGAAGGGGAUGGUUAGUGGAUGGGGUUUCUGUUGUAUCUUGUGGGUGGGUGAUUUUGCUUUUGUUUUUAUUUCACAUUCUUCCCCUCCACAAGCCAAAGUCGUUUCAUUUGGUUUCCACUGUGUGGACUGUGCUGGAGCUUGCUGCCUGCCAGAAAAAUUUGGGGCUAGGCAAGCCCCAGGUCGCAGACAUGGUGAAGCGGAGAAGCUGUCCUUCUGGUUCCUGCACAAUCUCAGAGGGGCAAAAAACCUCCCCAGGAAAGAGGAGGAUGUUCAGGAGCCAGACUUUUGGAGCGAAGGCAGCUCCCAGUCUGCUGGGUGACCACCAUUCUGCAUGUGUUCCCAGCCGGGCAGGGCUGGAAGCCUUAUGUAUGAAGCGUGGAGAAGCAGUCAUCGCCCCCACUAUGAGCAGAGGGGAUCCAGCUGGCCCCUUGGGGUCUGACUGGAGCCAGCACUGCCAGUUGCCUUCUCUGGCCUGUUGGCAAUGCCACAGGUGCCCAAGACGAUGGAGGAUCCCUGUGCCAGGAGCCAACCUGGUCUUCCAGGGGGCAGUGCCCCAGUGAAGACAGAAGCGAGAGAAUAAAGUUCCCUGUAGGUCCUCGGUCACCUUUGGGUUGUGUUUUUCAAUUGUUGACAUUUCAGAGGGGACCCUCCAGAAGCCCAGCCGGCUUCUCCCAAGGACUGCCCUUUCCCUGGGAGUGGAUUUCCACACGUGCCUUUGAUUUCAGACAGAUCGGACUUCACAGCCGCCGAUUCAGCUGCCAGGGUCCCUGGACUGGGGGGGGGCAGGGGUGGUUUCUAUAGAGGAGGAAAGGCCCUCCCUCACCUUGCUCCCCACCCAGGCAGGGCAGAUGGGACCCAGCGUCUCAGUGCCUUUGAGACCCACUCCCACCCCUACCACACCCCAUCCCAGAGGCCUGGCCUGGGCAACCCCAAGCCCCUGUCCCUCGCCAUACACUGAUGCCUGGCAGCUAGAGCAAACGGCUCGUGUUCUUUGUCAAAGGCCUGUGGUGAGAUUGUUUUGUUUCCUUGUUUUGUAUGUUUAAAAUUGAAAUUAGUUAUUUUCUUCUGCUGGACAGUAUUAAAUAGAGCAGGAUAUUGAGUUAAUCUGCUAGAUUGCAGUACUAAUGGUAGUGGUUUAGUGUCUUCAUAUUAUUAUUUGUACUUAUUUGAACAAUAAUGAUAAAGAAGUGGUUCAUUAUUUUUUAAUUAAUGCACUUUAAGGUGGAAUGGGAAAAACUCAGAGCAAAGUGCAUUACUUAAAGAUGCAGUAUAUACUUUUCUCAUUUUUAAACAGCACAUAUUUAUUAAGAGAAAAAAGUAAUUUAUGACUAUUUAAAAUAAAAUUUAAAAGUAGAGUGACUGUCAGGUAAAGAACCUUCCAUGUAGCUAUCUUCCAGGGGGAGGGCCCCGCAGCCUCGCUCCUCCAAUGUCUGCACUGAGCCAGUUCAGUCACUAGUGCGCCAGCCAGGCAAGGAGGGAGUGCAGAGCAUGUCUGCCAAGCACAGAGCAUCUCAGUCGGACUGGACCGCAGUGCUCCCCAGAGCCUGCCUUUCCUGCCCUUCCUUACCACCUGCACUGCCCCCCACAUUCUCCCAGCCCCCAAGGACCACCCCCCUCCAUCCCCCGUGCUCUAAGUGAUAGAGUCAUUAAAAGGCAGGACCGAAGAGACCUCAGAGGUCACACCAUCCCAUCCCUUCCUUUCACUACGGCCCAAGGACAGGAAAUGACUUCUCCAAAAUCUCACAGCUAGUUAAUGGCAGAUCUCCCCACUGCAUUAAUCCUGUGCUCCUCCUCACCCCCAUGGUAGUUUAUAGUGUGGUCAUGUUUACAUUGUGACAUCCAGCCCCAAGGAUGGCUGGGAGUUGCUCAGGCAUCCAGGAAAAGUGGGGAAUGCUGCCACCUGGUGACGGCACAUAGAUUUGGGCAGUAAACGGAUUGCAUGCCCCAGUCUUCCCACCUCACCCCCCUAACUCACAGCACAAAACCCUGCAAACCCAAAGAGAUUAAUACUUGAAGCAAGAAGGGUGCAUGCCAGUCCUUCUCAGAAAUGGCCAGGGGAUACCAGGCCUUGUGCCCCUGGACUCCUAGCCCUAGCCAGGGCGAGAGGGCCUUUCCCUAGAGCUACUGAGCUGCUUUGUGAUGUUGGAGGAUACUGCCGGCAGCAGGCAGAGGAGGGAGGGGGCCUAGGGCUCUGACCCAUCUGGAGGAAAACCAGAUCGGACUAAAAAA